AUGACAGUGACGUCAGUAGAGGUCCUUGAGCCCAGCUGGUUGGCACUUCCGGCCUCUCCCCAGGGAUAGGAUCGUCUUAUUUAUUAUUAUUACAGGCGGCUGCGAUGUGUGGGGGGUGUGUGCAGGAGGAGUACCCGGACCGGGGUAACACCUGCUUGGAGACGGGAUCGUUUUUGGUGAACUACGCGAGCUGCGUGAAGUGCAAUACAAAAGACUUUGUGCUCAUCGCCAAUAAAACAAACGAUGAAGAGGAUGGAGAAGAGAUUAUUACAUUUGAUCAUGUGUGUAAAAACUGUCACCAUGUGAUUGCAAAACAUGAGUACACCUUCAGUGUGGUGGAUGAAUACCAGGAGUACACCAUGCUGUGUAUGCUGUGUGGGAGAGCAGAGGACUCCAUCAGCGUUCUGCCUGAUGACCCGCGACAGAUGGCUCCACUCUUCUAGCGAUAUUCUAACCACAGAGUCUUUUUAUACUUGCUUGCCUUAUGUAUAUUUUCCAGCCAUUGUAAAAUGUGGUGUCAACUGAACACAUUGAGAAUGAUAAUGUUACUGAGCAGCAUGCAGCAACCAGUGUUUCCUUCAAAUAAUAAUUUUAUAUUAAAGUGUCAUUGGGCAAUAAAAAAUU